CUCCCUCUCCCCUCCUGUCCGCUCCUCACGUUAUACUGCAGCCAAUUCCUGAAAUUCCAGCCUUCCUCGCGCGCUUCCAGUCACUCAGGCAGGUUUUACCCCCAAAACACUUCAUUUACCCUACUGUUGCCGCAGACAGGAUUGAGCUUCUGCCCGGCUCCAGAUCAGGGAAAACCUGUCAUUUACCUGCCACGGCCGUUUCCAGAGCCUCAGUAUCCACUAGGGCGUUUUGCUCUCUCCCACCACAAUCCUGUCGUCCGAGUGGGUAUCAGCGUCCUCUCCGGGGGGCGCUAGCGAGGAGCUGAGUGAAGGAUUGGAUAAGCCUCUGGAGAAUGAUGCAGAGGGCGUGUGGAGUCCGGAUAUUGAGCAGAGCUUUCAAGAGGCGCUGGCGAUCUAUCCGCCCUGUGGCCGACGCAAGAUCAUUCUCUCCGAUGAGGGCAAGAUGUACGGAAGGAACGAGCUAAUUGCUCGCUACAUCAAGCUUCGAACAGGAAAGACACGGACCAGGAAACAGGUCUCCAGUCACAUUCAGGUGUUGGCGCGACGGAAGGCUCGGGAGAUUCAGGUGAAACUCAAGCAGCUGAUCCCAGGCGCAGUAAACAUGUUUGAAGUGCAGGACCAGGCAGCCAAAGACAAAGCCAUGCAGAGUAUGUCCAGCAUGUCGUCGGCCCAGAUCAUCUCCGCCACGGCCUUUCAGAACAAGAUGGCUCUGCAGGGGCUGUCGCGGCCGGCCUACCCCACAGCUGCUGGGUUUUGGCAUGGAGCUCUCGCAGGACAAACCGCAGGUCCUGAAGACAUCAAGCCGUUUUCCCAACAAAACUUUGUCAUGCAGGCCACCGGUCCUCCGUCUAUAACAGGUUAUGAAAGCGCGACGGGUCUGUCCAUGUCCUCCAGCGCACCGCCCUGGCAGGGUCGCAGUAUCGCCAGCUCCAAACUGCGCAUGCUGGAGUUCUCCGCUUUCCUAGAGCAACCUCAGGAUCCAGAGACUGUCAACAAACACCUGUUUGUACACAUCGGUCAGUCCAACCCCACGUAUAGCGAUCCGUACCUAGAGGCCGUGGACAUACGGCAAAUUUAUGACAAAUUCCCAGAGAAGAAAGGAGGGCUGAAGGAGCUGUUUGAGAAGGGACCGGCUAACGCUUUCUUCCUCGUAAAGUUCUGGGCAGAUCUGAGCAUCAACCUACAGGACGACAGCAGCUUCUUCUACGGCGUAUCGAGUCAGUACGAGAGCUCCGAAAAUAUGAUCAUCACCUCCUCCACUAAAGUCUGCUCGUUUGGGAAACAGGUGGUGGAAAAGGUGGAGACGGAGUACGCGCGCUUCGAGAGCGGCAGAUACGUGUUCAGGAUCCAUCGAUCACCGCUGUGUGAAUACAUGAUCAACUUCAUCCAUAAACUCAAACAUCUACCGGAGAAAUACAUGAUGAACAGCGUACUUGAAAACUUCACCAUUCUGCAGGUGGUAACCAACAGAGACACUCUAGAAAUCCUGCUAUGCAUCGCUUACGUGUUUGAAGUGUCCACCAGUGAGCACGGAGCCCAGCAUCACAUCUACAGACUGCUGAAAGACUGAGACUGAGCGCGAGACUGACAGACGCCACAGUGCCACAGCGCCCCCUACCAGGCCACAGCCCAAACCUCCUGCGCUUCUGCAAGAGUCGCCGUGGACACAGAGGGCAAAUGACUCUCUAAUACUCCUGUUCAGAGGCACACGCAGAGGAUCUGCCGGAAUCGGAAAUCUGAAUGUCAUGACAUUUGUUUUGUAUAAUGGGAACUGUAAUAGCAGGACGAAAUGCAUGAGAAAGUUUUUUGGUUUUCUUCAUCUCAUCUCAUUUUAGCCCCAAAGUGUUUGUGUUAGUGUUUGUUAGUAUGGAAUACAGCUGGGAAUGAUGGUCAUCUACCGGACUAAAGCUUUUUUCACGAACCAAAAGUGGACUUUCCUUCAUAUAUCAGGGCAAACGUGAACGCCAAACGACAGACUCAAGUAUUGAAUGUUGAUGUGUUUUUUUGUAGAUUUGCUGCAUUGUAUUUAUCAGCCAUAUUCUUGGAUGUUGAAAACUUCGACUUAAAGGGAUAGUUCAGCCAAAAAUGAAAUUUAUUCCAUGAUUUACUCACCCUCAUCCUAAGUGUAUGUGACUAUCUUCUUUCAGACGAACACAAUCUGGGAUUGUUUAUAAUGGUUGUGAAUG